AGCUGAGGCCUGGGGAUGUUCCCAGUGCCGGCUGCAGCCCCCCACGCUCCCACUGCCGUCCCCUGGAGCGUGGCCGGGGUCCCCACGCCCGUGUCCCCCCAGGUGUGGUCCCACUACGAGGAGACGCCGGUGGAAGAGGUGGUGCCGGUGCUGGAGGAGAAGGAGCGCGCGGCCAACUACAAACCCGUGUUUGUCACCGAGAUCACCGACGACCUCCACUUCUACGUGCAGGACGUGGAGACGGGCGCCCAGCUGGAGAAGCUGAUGGAGAACAUGCGCGCCGAGGUGGGCACCCACCCGCCCGUGGAGGGCUCCUUCGCCCCGCGCCGCGGUGACUUCUGCAUCGCCAAGUUUGUCGACGGGGAAUGGUACCGCGCACGCGUGGAGAAGGUGGAGUCGGGCGGGAAAGUGCACAUCUUCUACAUUGACUACGGCAACGUGAGUGGCACCGGGACACGGGGGGGAAAACAGCCUGCCUUCCAUGGAUCCCUCUGUCCAUGGAUCCAUCUAUCCAUCCAUGGAUCCACCC